AUGGUAGCAACCAUCCUCCGUCAAAAGCUCUCUGAAACAGAACCAGACGCAGAAUUCACCUUCUCCCUCCCAAUAGUCACAUCCUCCUCCGGCAAGCGCUACUACGCAAAAUCAGGAAGCUCCUUCGAGCAAGAGCAAUACCUUGGCGAAGCAGAGUCUCUUAAACAUAUCGGCCGUGCAGCUCCCGGGCUCGCACCUAACGUCGUUCAUUCUGGUGUAGAUGAAGAUACGGGACAGCCGUAUUUGAUUUCGGAUUACUUGGAUAUUAGACGCCAUGAUAGUGUUUCGUUGAAUCGACUUGCUACUCGACUUGCGACGGAAUUACAUACGUGCAAGAGUGAACAGGGAUUUGGGUUUAAUGUACCUACUUUCUGCGGGGCUACUAAGCUUCAGAAUGGAUGGUACCAGACCUGGGAAGAAUGUUAUGACGCACUAAUUGGAGGAUUGCAAAGAGGAUUAGAGGAGCGUGGUGGAAACCAGCUGCUUUGCGAGAAGAUUCGGAGAGUGCGCAAGACUGUCAUUCCCUACUUGCUCCGUCCACUAAAGGUUGAUCCCGUAUUGUUACAUGGAGAUCUAUGGAGUGGAAACACAGGCGUAGACGUAUCUUCAAACGAACCUGUCGUAUACGACCCUUCCUCUUUCUACGGGCAUAAUGAAACAGAGCACACCUUUAUACUUUUGAACAGUCUCGCCAUCGCACGCAUAUUCGGAGGGUUCACUCCCGCUUUCUUCCAAAAGUACCACGAACUCCUACCAAAGUCGGAGCCUGCUGAACAAUACGAACUGCGCGUGGACCUGUAUGAGCUCUUUCAUUAUCUUAACCAUGCACUAAUGUUUGGAGGUGGCGGUUAUGCUUCGAGCGCAUCGCAGAAGAUGGAUAGGCUUCUUAAGUACUGUCCAAAGGAUGCGUCAUAA